GGGUCCCGCCGCUAACAGGGGGCUCCACAUCACACUCCAGCGUCAUCACGCGCGCGCGCGAGUGAGAGAGAGAGAGAGAGAGGGAGUGAGAGAGAGAGAGAGUGAGGAACAGAGAGAGAGAGCAGCAGUAGAGAGUCCCACUCUAGAGCUCCGCAGCUUUCACACUCUCUCUCUCACACACACACACACACACACACACACUCUGACGAGCGCGCGCGUACACGAGGGAGAGGGUAAAGCGAGCGCGCGCGAAAGAGAGAAAGAGAGAGAGAGAGAAAGCGCGAGGAGGACGGCAGGAGAAGAAUGAGGAAGACCUGGCGCGCGCGCUGAAGACCGCUGCUGCCCUCUGAAGCGCGAGAUCUGCUGAAGAAGCACCGGCCGUCUGAUCUCUGCGGGUCCGGUCACGGAACAGAGCACACACACAUACCGCGCGCGCGGGAAGGAGAAAACACCAGCGUGCGUUUUCGUGCGUGUGUGAGCGCGCGCUUCCGAGCAUGCCCGUGCCUGUGUGCGCGCGCGUAUGGGAACCGAGAAACAAAUCUAACCUUUCCACCGUCUCGAGCCUAUAAGAAACACCCCCCCCACCCUCAGCCUCCCUCGCUCCCUCCGCCCCCCCCCCUCUGCAACCGCCAGCACACUACUACCACCACCACUUACCACCCCCACCUACCCACCACCCCCUCUACCAUCAUCAUCAUCCUCACCACCACCACCACCAACACCACCUCAACCGCCUCCUCCUCCUCCACCUACUCCACAACCCUGCAACAAAACCCACCGAGACGAAUGUGAGCCUGGACACGGCGGACUGCUCCACACUCACCCUGACCUCUCCUCCUUCUCCUCCUCCUGCUCCUCUUUCUGCUCAUCUUCCUCCUGUUAAGGUUUCUAAAGCAGCAGACUGCUCAUUUGUCACUCGUCGCAGAACAAUGAGGCAGGCCAAGGUUUCCUCAUACCUCUCAAUGGGGCUCCAGUAUCUGGUGAUUGUGGCGAUCCUGCUCACCAACCUUCACCGUGUGAUGGCAGAGAAUGUGCAAGACCACAGCUCGAACCAUAACACUUCUGACAACAAAUCGGAAUCCUGUGGAGGCAUUGUCGAGUGUGCACCUGGAGUCAUUCUCCCCGUGUGGGAGCCUCAGAACCCCUCGUUUGGGGACAAAGUGGCACGGGCUACGGUCUACUUCGUGGCACUGGUGUACAUGUUCCUUGGAGUGUCAAUCAUCGCAGACCGUUUCAUGGCAUCCAUCGAGGUGAUCACCUCUCAAGAGAAGGAGAUCACUAUCAAGAAACCAAAUGGAGAAACGACAACCACUACUGUACGCAUCUGGAAUGAAACAGUGUCCAACCUUACCCUCAUGGCCUUGGGUUCCUCUGCACCAGAAAUUCUGUUGUCCGUCAUUGAAGUGUGCGGACAUAACUUUGAAGCUGGUGACCUCGGGCCCUCCACCAUUGUUGGCAGUGCCGCUUUUAACAUGUUUGUGAUUAUUGGGAUCUGCGUGUAUGUGGUUCCUGAUGGGGAGCAUCGCAAGGUGAAGCAUCUGCGCGUCUUCUUUGUAACUGCCGCUUGGAGCAUCUUUGCCUACCUGUGGCUCUACCUGAUACUGGCUGUUAUCUCUCCAGGGAUUGUCCAGGUGUGGGAAGGUCUUCUCACCCUCUUCUUCUUCCCUAUCUGUGUGGUGUUUGCUUGGAUAGCUGACCGUCGUCUUCUCUUCUACAAGUAUGUCUACAAGCGCUAUCGGACUGGCAGGCAGCGUGGCAUGAUUAUUGAGACGGAGGGUGAUCGUCCGCUUCCAUCUAAAGUGGACAUUGAAAUGGAUGGGAAGAUGCUCAACUCCCACGCUGUGGACUUUCUGGAUGGCACUCUCACACUGGACUUGGACGAUAAGGAUCUGGAUGAGGAGGAGGCCAGGCGGGACAUGGCAAAAAUCCUGAAGGAACUGAAGCAAAAGCAUCCUGACAAAGAGGUUGAGCAACUGAUCGAGCUUGCUAACUACCAGGUACUCAGCCAGCAGCAAAAGAGCCGUGCAUUCUACCGCUGCCAGGCCACAAGGCUGAUGACUGGUGCCGGAAACAUUCUGAAGAAACAUGCAGCGGACCAAGCCCGUAAAGCAGUGAGCAUGCAUGAGGUACGCAGUGACACUGGUGAAAACGACCCCAUUUCCAAGAUCUUCUUCGAACCUGGUUCCUACCAGUGUCUGGAGAACUGUGGAACUGUUGCUGUAAAUGUAAUCAGGCGUGGUGGUGACCUCAACCAGAUGGUGUCUGUUGAAUUUCGCACUGAAGAUGGCACAGCAAACGCUGGCUCAGACUACGAGUUUACUGAAGGCACUGUUGUUUUCAAGGCGGGUGAGACGCAGAAGGAGAUCCGCAUUGGGAUAAUUGACGAUGACAUCUUUGAAGAGGACGAAAACUUCCACGUUCACCUCAGUAAUGUUCGCGUUCUUCACGAAGGAGCAGAACCAGAGACCACUGAAGCCAACCAUGUGGAGACCAUCGCGACUCUUGGCUUGCCCACCACUGCGACCGUCACUAUCUUUGACGAUGACCAUGCUGGAAUCUUCACCUUUGAAGAGCCUGUGACCCACGUCAGCGAGAGUGUAGGCGUGAUGGAGGUGAAGGUGCUCAGGACAUCAGGAGCUCGCGGCGUUGUUAUGGUACCCUACAAGACUGUCGAGGGCAGUGCCAAAGGAGGUGGCGAGGACUUUGAGGACUCCCAUGGCAUGCUGGAGUUCCAAAACGACGAAAUCUUGAAGACGCUAUCUAUCAGGCUCCUCGAUCGAGAGGAGUACAAUAAGCAGUGCAGCUUUUAUGUAGUGCUCCAGACCCCGCAGUGGAGGAGGAGAGGACGCACAGAACACAGAGAGGAAGAGAAGGAAGGAGGAAAGGAAGAGGAGGAGCCUCUCACCGGGGAGGAGGAAGAAGAGCGGCGUAUCGCAGAGAUGGGCAAACCCAUGCUGGGAGAUCAUGUUAAGUUGGAGGUCAUCAUUGAAGAGUCCUAUGAGUUCAAGAACACGGUUGAUAAGCUGAUCAAAAAGACGAACUUGGCUCUGCUGGUGGGCACCAACAGCUGGAGAGAUCAGUUCAUUGAGGCCAUCACAGUCAGUGCUGGUGAGGACGAUGAUGACGAAGAGUGCGGUGAGGAGAAGCUGCCCUCCUGCUUCGAUUACGUCAUGCAUUUCCUGACCGUCUUCUGGAAGGUUCUGUUCGCCUUCGUGCCGCCCACUGACUACUGGAACGGCUGGGCGUGCUUCGUCGUGUCCAUCUGCAUGAUCGGACUCCUCACCGCCUUCAUCGGAGACCUGGCCUCGCAUUUCGGCUGCACCGUCGGCCUUAAAGACUCGGUGACCGCCGUGGUGUUCGUCGCACUGGGCACUUCAGUACCAGACACGUUCGCCAGUAAAGUGGCUGCCAUUCAGGACCAGUACGCAGACGCCUCCAUCGGCAAUGUGACGGGCAGCAACGCGGUCAACGUGUUCCUGGGCAUCGGAGUGGCCUGGUCCAUCGCCGCCAUCUAUCACAACUCCAGGGGCAAGGACUUCCAGGUGGAGACGGGCAACCUGGCCUUCUCGGUCACCCUCUUCACCAUCUUCGCUUUCAUCUGCGUGGCGGUGCUCAUGUACCGGCGCCGGCCGGACAUCGGCGGGGAGCUGGGAGGCCCGCGGACUGCCAAAGCGCUGACCACCAUGCUGUUCGUCAGCCUUUGGCUGGUCUACAUCCUCUUCUCCUCACUCGAGGCUUACUGCCACAUUAAGGGCUUCUAAACACACACUCACAUACACACAUACACACACACACACACACACACAUACAUACAUACACACAUACACACAUACACACUCAACCGCAAUCACAAACACUGAUGUCCAUACGGAGAUACGUACACUCAUGCUCUCGCAUACGUACACAGAGGCUAAACCUAAUAAACAACAAUAACUACAACAAAAUCAACCAAUAAAGGAAAGCGAAUGAGGAAAAAGACUAACACGAAAAAGAAGGAAGCAAAGAGUGGCCAGAACUCUGCUAACCUGCCUGUUUAGUUUCAUUUUUGUGAAAAAAAAAAAAUUUGUUCAGUUUUUGUUCAUUUGGGGUUUAUCUUUCGGCUCCUCUCCACUAUUUCACGCUUCUAAUACCUGAAGGACUGAAUGUGAUUGGAUAAUUGUUGGCUGGUCAAGAUUCUAUUGGUCAUGGGUGAAGAAUGUGAAGAACAAGAACUCUUUUAAGGAAUGUGAAUGUUUUUUGAGAGACCCUUGUUGUUGUUUUUUUUUUCCUUUUGUGGAACUCGAAUAAUCCCAGCAGGCACUGAAAUUGAAAUUUUGGUCAACCAAGUCCAUGACCAACAUUCAACUAGACAACAACAUCUAUUGAGGUCAGAGGCCUGCUGAGAUAAUCAAACUUUCGAAGAAAAGCCAACGUUUGGAAGGCAAGAUCAAGCGCCAAAUAUUUAUGAAAUGUCAGAUUUGCAGCUUUUUCAAAGAGUAGGAAACUCUGGAAAACGCUGUUCCAGUGACUGUAAAUAUAACAUGGCUUUAUUCGAGGAGAUAUAUGCCCUGUAGGACAUGCAGUGAAGAGAUGUGUCGAGUCAAACAUAUGAAAAGAGAUGGGAAAGAGCACUAUUGGGGGGGGGGGGGAUUGUUUGACAGGCAAUUGGUGACUUUCUGACAGAUAAGGCCCAUUUUUUGUAUGGUUUUGUGGUUUGUGUGGUUGUUUUUGAAGCCAUUUUCAGCUCCUAGUUGCUGGUGUGCUGCUGAUAAUAGGUUAUUACCUGUGAAAGAGUCUGACAAAACUGACAAGACAAAAACUGUGGCUACCAUGAGACCGGGUACAUUGUGUAGGACAGCUGUUCUCAGUUCCCUUUUUCCUGAGGAACUCCUGCACCGCUUGGUAUUCUCUCACAAUCGAACACACCCGCACCUUGUCCCGCUAAUCAAGGGCUUGAUAAUCAUCUGAUGAGUUCAUUCGGGUGUGGUUUGAUGGGGAAAAGGCUGAAGUGGUGGGACUGAGACUGCUGUAGUUUUCGUUACAGGGCAGAAGCUUGUGCUACAGACCGAGCAAUAGAACUUUUCUCUCAGUUAAAAAAAAAAAUCUCUAAUGAGAAACUCUUUAAACAGCACCACAGCCAGUGCAGGGCGAGCUAAUGUGUUAUAACAGAGAGCAUGGUGGACGUACGUACUGCUAUUUAUUGUCGUUAUUCAAUGGAAUUGUCAUUCAAUAGAGUCGCUACACUCAAAUUGGCAACGUUAAGUAACGUCCUAGUUGGGGUUUUUUUCUCAAUCACUGUAGAGCAGUGUUGAUUUUUAGCAAAGGUACCAACCAGUCAGAAGGAUUUUGCCGUGAUUCCAAUGUCAAAUUCAAUUCCAUUACUGUGGAAUUUGAGAUAAAUAUUGAAUUCUUGAUGGAAAGCUCGUGCAAGUCAAAUGUCAUUUGGGCAUUUAAUUAUACUAUAAACUAAUUACACUACAAUUACCGAGAUGGCGAGCUAAUUACGCUGCUACGGUGGAACAACCGUACCUCCAGGCCUUCUCCCGAAGAGCCGCCCUCCUGUAGAGUUUAACUUCAGCACUAAUCAGAGGUAAUACCGUGCUCUCAUAUUCAUGAAGCCUCCUGAAGACCUUGAUUAGGUUAAUCCAGCAUGUUAGAUCAAGGUUGGAACAAACUGUGCAGGAGGGAAGCCCUCUAGGACUAGGGUUGGGUCUUGGUAUCUAUUAGCAUUAGUUUGGCAAAGGACUCAUCCAGGGCCCGAAGAUGAGAUACACCAGAAGUGCAUUCCAAACGUUCUCUUUGGAAUUUGGAAUUCCCAAAAUAAAAUAGACUUUUGAGGGUAGUCAGCAAUUUUAAGGGUGGUUACGAAUGACACAAGCCGAAAAAAAACGUCCAGUUGGUACAGUUGGAAGUGAACUUUGAGGAUCCAAAUCUGAAUCCAAAUGUCUCACUUGUACCCCUGUUAGAAAUUUGGCUUUCAGGAAUCAGGAGUCAGAAGUUGUUAGAAAUAUGCCGUCCGGGUCACGGCACCAAGUUUUUAGAAAUUCUGCCUUUAGGAACCAGGAGUCAGGAGACGGCUUCACCCCUGACCCCUUCAUUUUCGAGUUUCACUGAAUUUGGACGAUUAGGGAGCUGAAGUUUGCAAAUUCGCAAGCUUACUGCUUCAAUUUUUAGUUCCACCUUAAAUCCCUGCACCAGCCUGAGCUGAAUGAAUGUAACUGCUGUACCAUUUAAGGUGGAAUGGGAAAUUUAGGCAGCUGUUGAAACACACCACUAGCAAUUUAUUCUGCUUGUUAUAAAGAAAAGGGUCACGAUACAUUGAAACUACAUUAAAUUAAAUUAAGAUAAUGCAAUGGUUAUUGCUUGCUUAUUUUCUAAAGAAGAAAACACAUCAAUCUUGGUGCUGGUGGAAUAUUUCAGUUGAGAACGGUUCACACUUAACCCGGCUAUUCCAACAAAAAUCAGGACACCCUACCGUUAGGUGUGAAUAUGCAAAUCAAAGCUGUAGGUCUAAGUGGUAGGGGAUAGAGGAAUUGGGCAAUGGGAUUGGGUCUUAACCAACAGCAGAUCCCUUUAACCGCAGCACGUGCUCAGAGUGUAAUGAAUUUAUUGACUUAUUUACUCAUUAAUUUCUGCCUAUCAAGCUCCUGACACACUGAAAAAUUGUGCAUUUGACAUUUGAAUCAUGCUGCUUCUCUAUCAGCAGCCGGAGUCCGAGAGAGCACAACCGGCCAUGUUUUCUCUUAAAUGGAUUGAUGGCACUUGCUCUCCUCAAUACUCCAACUAUAAUGCUGGUCAGCCCAGGCGUCUAUUAGCUAAUGUAUCAGAGCUGGGUCGCUGCGCUUUCCUCCAAGUGCGCUCUGAUGCUGCCUAUUGAUGCUGCAACAGUGUCCUCCUAGUGUUGGGGCAUUACUAAUAUGAAAUAAUGAAAGGGGAUUGGAUAAUCGUCACCCUUAUUAAUUUAUUAUUGCAGCCUGAAAUGGUUUCUUGGAACGACAUCAUAGAAGUAGAACUUUCAGUUGACCCCAUGUCUAGAUACCCACUAUUUUUAAAAGAUUUUAAAACAGUUGCUGCAGUUGCUGCCUGAAGGAUCUAAGCUGUAUGUAGUUCAUUGUCAAAGAGCGUCGAAGGUAAACUCGAUUUGCCCGGAUUGCUUCCAUCCCACCUGUCCGACCGCCGACGACUUCAGACCAAGAGUUUACACUGACGACUGUUAUUGUCCCCAAGCCCAAUUUGCAUACACACGACCGCGACCACGCAAAGGAGGCAUAAACAUGUCAAGUCAAGUCAAAGUCGGUAGCCAUGGUCUCAUAGAUUUACUACUAUUUACACACACAUACACACUUACACACACACACUUACACACACACACAUUUUCAUCUGUGUGGAGUUUACGAGGGAGCCUGAUCCCUCCAGUCCUGCUGAGAUUAUUUCAUAACCUGCUGCGUAUUUGGACGUGCGAGGCAAACACUGCAGACUAUCCGGGGUUUUAGAAGAAACAACUUUAGACGUAGUCCAGUUUUAAAGUCGUAGAUCUAGUCUGGAUGAGGCACCAAACUUCCUUAGAAUCGCUAGGUUUUUUUAAUCGAGCUAAAGAUUAUAUAUACGAAUAAUUCCUAUUAGAAUGGCUUUAAACGUUGACGGGGGAAAAAAAGGGACGGCAAGAUUUUUUUCUCUCUCUCUUGUCCAGAUUUUCAAUCUUCGGGGAUAUAUUCUAGACUAGAGCUGACGUAGAUUUUAAGACUGAAGUAGUCGCCUACUUUAGAUUUGAGACGAUUAGUAUGGCUGAUGCGUAGUUUUAGUCUGCUCCAAAUUUGCCAAAGGGAAAGGGUCUUUCUGGAUGACAAUUUGACUAAUAGACUUUCUAGAGUUCUAGAGUUCUAGUGCUGCCUAGCUACAGAAGUGGGUUUUGUAUUCGUAACUGACGUUUUUUUUUUUUUUUUUUACCAACACCAAAAACAUUGCCCCAGAGAAACGUUAGAAUCGACUGAAAACGCCUUGGUAAUGUUUUUGUUCCCCUGGCUGGGGCAUUUUCUUAUGAAGAUUUAUACGUGAUGUUCACUUUCAAUUUGGAAGCGAGGGGUACUGCCUGCACCCUCGCCCACUGUGUCUCGAUCUUUUCACAGCUGGCAGAGCAUCUAAAGAUUUGCUGAUUUCGUUUUUAAAGGGAAUUCUGGGAAUUGGAGUGCAUUAGGGUUGGGGGUAUUUUGAUGUAUGUAGGAGAAAAGUGUACAACUCUAAAAUGUCUGUUCUUCGUUUUUGUUUUGGGCUUGUUUCUUUUCUUUUUUUUCUUUUCUUUUCUUUUUUUUUUCAGGUCCAUACACCCAAGGUGUUGGAACCCUCUUUUGUUUUCGUUUUUUUGUUUGUUUGCUAGUUUUUAACGAUCGCCUAAAAAAAAAAAGAGAGAGAGAAAAAAGAGAAAUGGUUGCACUGGCUCCCGUGUUUUCUUACGGAAAAAAAUGAAUGAAGCGGACACUGAAGAAGACCCGCCGUCAUGCGGCCGUUUUCAGGACCCAACACCUACAACCACGUGAUACGUGAAAGAUUUGAAAAUUUGAGACAAAGGAAAAAACAAGAACGUGACCCGUUUUCUCGUUCUCUUGUUUUCUCGUUCUCUGACUGAACCCUGACACUCGUUAAAAAAAAAAAAAAAGAGAAACGAAACAAUAAAAAGCGUAAAGAGCUCUAAAGGAGGACGGUGGGUGGACUCAACGUGAAAUACAGCCAUACUCCGCGUCCCUCUGUGGACAGGGGGGGGAAGAAGCCGCCGUGGACUUCCCGCGCGCCGCAGCCUCCUGCUGCCCACGUCCAGCUGCUGGCCGCAGCGACCUGUCUGGAGAUGUGUCUGCACCUAAAUGUGUGUAUGAGUGUAGGCCUAUAUGUGUGUGUACGAAUGUGUGGGUGUGUGUUUGUUCACACUCGAGGGGCUUGCCUGGGGCGCCUCGGGGGGGGACGGGGACGCACGCCCCCUACAGGCCACGGCGCUCCCCAUCCCCCGGCGCUCCUCUAGUGGCCGCGUCUGCUCCAAAGGUCCACUUCCGACCUGUGGGUGUGACUGUGGGCGGGCGUUACUGCAUUUCAAAGCCCGCCUGUGACAGCCGACAACCCUCCCUCCUACUCCCUCCUAAGCCCCGCCCCUGCCUUGCCCCGCCCCCCCACCCCCCACAUUCAUAUUUGGAAUGUUAAUGUGCUACUUGUUGACACUGUGCAUGGAUGCUAACCUGUCUGUAUAUAGUAAGCAGUAACCCAUUCGUUCAUGUCUGUUGACGGAGGUUCGAAAGGUGUAUAGAUAUUUGAAUUUUUGUUUGUUUGUUUGUUUGUCUGUUUUGGUUCGUUUGGUUUGUUUCAAUCUCUCGCUACUUUUUAAGUUUUAUUCGGAAGGAGUUUUUAAAAAUCUCUUGGUCUUAACUUGCACAUGUCAAUGGAAAAGGCAGUAUCUGUCGUUCUAGUCAGUACAUGGGAGUUUUAACACGAGGGAUGCAUGGGUACUUGUACAAUAAUAAUAAUAAUAAUAAUAAAAAUAAUAAUAAUAAUGAUAAUUACGAUAUUAAUAUUAAUGAUAACGAUAACGAUAACAACGCCUCUUCUUGCUUGUUGCCAUGGUUGUAUUAUUUGACAUUAUAAGAGACUAUUGUACAUCAAAGGAUAUUUUGUCAUUGAAGAGUUUCAUAUGUAUAUACUGUACAGUUCAAAGUGAAAGGCGAGUGUCGGUUGCCUUGGCAUUAUCACAGAGCAGCGCAUAUAUUUAUUUUCAACCCUUGGUCAACUCAAGAAUGACAAAUAUUGCCUUUCGGAUAGGUCGCUGUUAUCUCUCUCCGUUCUUUUUAUUUUUUUUUUCAUUAUUUUUUUUUCCGCUCGAUGCUUGUUUCGUCCUUACUCCUUCGCUGAGCAGUGUGUGUGUGUGUGUGUGAGAGUGUGUGACAGUGUGUGUGCCUGUGUGUGUGUGUGUGUGUGAGAGGAUGUGUGUUAUAUCCGGUGUUAAGUUACUUACACUAAUAUGAGACAUGAGGGGACGCGUAAUGUUCAAAAUUGUGCUGGACCUGGUCUGCAUCUUGCAAAUGUAUAUGAUCUGUCUUGUUGACAACAAGAUAAUGUCUGGAGAAUGUCUUUCUGUGUGUGUGCUUGCGUGUGUGUGUGUGUGUGUGUGUGUGUGUGUGUGUGAGACAUUUUGAGCCCCCCAGACCCUUUAUUUCCCCCCCACUGCUCAGAUGGACUCUAGUUUUUUCAGGGGUUUAAUAAUAUCUUUGAUAAUAUCUUUGUAUUUUUCUCUCUCUCUCUCUCUCUCUCUCAGUCUUUCUCUCUCUCUCUCUCUCUCACUCUCUCUCUCAGUCAUUCUCUCUCUCUCUCUCUCUCCACCCCAUGGUCCAUAUCUCUGCUGGCUCCUUGCAUUAACAGGCAUCCCGUGUCGGUACGUCGUCUGUUCUAAAAGAUAGAUUUGAUCUGGCCUCUGCCUGUCUGAAGGCUGCUGCACUGUUAUUAUCUUAAUCACUGAUAGAUGACAGAUAUGAAUAUCAUAAUACAGAGUGAUAAUUAGCUGCAGAGCAGUGGUAUCAGUGGUGACAGUUUUUAAAAGGCUGUGUUCUCUCCAGCAGUGGAACGGAUUAGUAUUGCAGAUGGAGGGACUCAGGGAUGGUGAAUAUGGUCUUCAGUAGGGGUUCUCAAUCUCUAAGACCAUGUACAUCCUAUGAAAAACCAUACAUUCCAACUACUAACUUCUGGGGCACCAAGUGCGAGAUGCGUCGCAAUGCUCUUUGCUAUCUUACACCCCGUCAAUAGCAUCAGAGUUUAGGAAUAAAUCUACACUGGUGGGCGCGGUGGUCUGGAAGUGAAGUGUGUUUUCAGAUAAAUUUAUGGCAUGUUGCGAAUUUGGUUGCGGAAAAAAAACACAGGUGCGCCACUGACUGAAAUAAACCUUGACAAUACAGUAUAUAAUAUGUGAUAUAUUAUUACAAAACACCAUUGGGCAGCUUUUCAGCCUCAUAACUGGAAACUAUAACUGAAAGAGAUAAAUGUCUGUAGUUACAGUGAAUGUAUUCAUGAUUAGGACGUUAUAUCAAGUUAUAUCAACUUAUUUAUUAAAAACAGGAAAAUAGAAAAUAGAAAAUGAGUUAUAUAUUAGUAAAAUGCUUACCUCAAUUUAUUGGUUUAAUAAUCAAGCACUUCCAAAAACGAACUUAUCUUUUUUUAUUUUUACGCUUCUGAUCAAUUUUAUUUUUAUUAUAAAACAAUAUAUGAAAAUUAUAAUCCAACAUAUGUAAAAAAGGGAAGACAAAUUUCAAAGCCCCUCUUACAUCAAGGAUAUCUUGCAUUUGCUUGUGAGUAUAAACUGUGGUUAAGCUGCAUUGUUGAU